AUGAGGGUGCUGCUGUUUUCUCUGGCUUUACUGGCCUCUCUGAAGGUUUUCCACUCAGCUCCACGUCGUGCUCCACCAGCUGUAUCAACGGAAACUCUCAAACGACUCUCUCUGGAAGGGGAGAAGCUAGUGGAUGGGGAGGUGCAGAGAGCUCUCUAUGGCAUCAAGGAGAUGAAAGAAAUUAUGGCCAGCAAUGAGGAGAAACACAAGCAACUGAUCAGGUUGCUUCAAAACAGCGGAGAAAAGAAGAAGGAGGUGGUAGAGCUGGCUCAGCAUGUAGUAAAGAAGUUGGACGAGGCUGAGGACCAGUGUAAAGAGACUUUGAAGUCUUUGUGGGAUGAGUGUUUGCCCUGCCUGCAAGAUGCCUGCAAAAGCUUCUACAACAACACCUGCCGUCACGGCUUUGCUACAUUCUCCAAUAAGCUGAAAGACUUCUUCCAGAGGUUAAACACAAACUUUGGCUUGCCUAGCACUCAGGAAGAACUCACUGUGAACAAGAGUGCAGAGAUUCCCAACCUGAACUUGAAGAGGAUAGAGGACUCAUUUAAUGACGUGGUCUCCAAAGUUGACAUCCUGGUAAACCGCAGCAUGGCACUAGUGUUCAGAUUCCAGAGCAAGCUGGAUGAAGCACUGCAGCAAGCCUUUGCUCCAGAGCCACAGGAAGAUAAGGAGAUCAAAGCACUGGACUCAGACUUACUGCAGGGUGUAGGAGUAGGACUCAAGGAAGUGUUGGAGUCCUUUGUUGACUUUACGAGCAGUGUGGUGAAGGAGUUUGAAUCUGUCCUCAUGCAGGCCUUUGAUGACUUGCAUGGGGCCAUAGAGGAAGCAGAGACGGAACAAGAGAAGCAGCUGCUCCCUGGAUUCAUUCAGAAUAAGAAGUUGUGUACAGAUCUGCACAACCAGUCAGCAGAAUGCUGGCAGCUCCAGAGCAAGUGCCAAGCCUGCCAGGAGCCUCUAUUAUCUGAGUGUCCAAGUGUGAAGGAGUUACAUAUUGAGCUGAAUGAAGUAUCUGGGCUUCUAGAGGUUGCUAAGGAGCAGUACGAAGGGGUUCUAGGAAUUGUGCAGCAUCACACUGUGGACACCAUCAGCUGGAUCAAUAACAUGGCCAGCCAGUUUGGCUGGGUGGCAGAACUUGCUGAUGGUGGUGUCACAAAUGAGAACAUCUUCAGCAUCAGUGAGGUGGAGAAUGAGGAGGUAGUUAAUGUUCCAGGAGAAGAAAUUAAUACUCCAGCAGCUGACACUAAGGUUGAGGUGAACAUCCUGAAUGCUCCUCCUCUUACACUCAAUGUUCCAGGCAACCUGCAGCCACAAGACCCUGCUUUCAUCCAGUACAUAGCCAAUGAGGCUUUGGGUUUCUACAAACAGAAGAUCAGGUAA